GAGACACCCGAAUUCCGCGAAGAAGUUCUUGCGACCUUCUUCAGAGGCUUGGUUCCUGCGACAAAAGUGGUCAAUUUAUCGAUCAAGAAUCUGCAGAAUGUUACUCCCGCUGCGAUCAUGGGAACAGCGACUUCAGCAGCAGAUAUCGAGUUCAAGAAGGAUUUCGAAGUCGUGAUGAAGAGGCUCACGCAUUUGAGUCUGAGGAUCAUCUCGGAAGAUUGUUGGCCUGAGCCGGCACACAACUUGGAAUGUGGAUUCAUGCAUUCGUUCUUCAUUUUCGAGUUGCAAGAGUGUUGGUUGAAGCCGAUUGCUGGAAAUAUUGUCUACCUCAAGUUGUAUGAAGAUGAUGAGGUGUAUUGGGGUUUCUUCCCUGCUUGCAAUUUACCUCAUUUUCCAAAAUUGAGGACGAUGAUAUUAGGAGGCAUCAGUAUUUGCAGCGAGGAUCAAGUCGACUGGAUUUUAGAGCAUGGAGAUACACUGGAGGAGUUGAUUCUCGAUGAUGCAAUUAUUGGAGUGGCUGUGCAAAUACACGAG